AUGUUAGCAGCCUUUGCGACCAUCUCUUUCGCUGAGCCAUCAUCAUCGACAAGUGGUACUAGCGGUUGCUCAGAUCUCGCAUCCAGACACGGAGUCAACAUCACCUAUACCGAAGUGGCCAAAUGCUUUGACUCGAUCCCCUUCAACAAGGAAGCGGCCAGGGCCACACUCGAGUCUGUUACCACCCUCUUCAACGACUACUAUAUCUCUCGUGACGCCGCCAUGGCCCCCUUCCUGGCCAAGCCCCUUCAGACUGACCCUGUUGACAUUGUUGCAAAGUUCAAGAGGAUUGGCCGUACUCGAUAUACCAGUGAUCGCAAGUUCCACACCGAUGUUUACGAGGCUAUCGAGUCCCUUCAUGAUGGUCAUGCCAUGUAUUUUCGUACGUCUCAAAAUGCGGCGGUGAUGAGUUAG